AUGCUCAGUUUGUGGAGGUGUAACGGUCGAUUAGCACUCAGCUCUUGUUAUCGAACACUUUCGUGUUCCGAAGUGCCUUUGAGAAAUUCUUUUUAUCGAGGAAAACAACACAACACCGCCGUAAGACAAGGAGUUGCUUCUCUGCAUACCAGUCCAUGCUUGUAUGACCAGGACGUGAAGAAGCGCCGUUGGCCUUUCCAUGUGACAAUGACUGAGGAGCAAAAACAAAAGAAGCAGGAAAAAAUCGAAAAGAUGAAAGAGGAGAAGGAGCCAGAUACACUGUUUGGGAAGGUAAAGUACUACCUCAAGCGCUACUGGUAUAUUGCGGUCCCUGCGCACAUGAUUUGCUGCACAACAUGGUUUGGAGGUCUUUAUGCACUGGUACACUGUGGUGUAGAUGUCGUUGCACUUCUUCGAACGUUGCAUAUGCCGGCAGUUGUUAUUGAGAAAAUCGAGAAUGUUCCUCCUAGUGCUGGUGUGAUCGUUGUUGCCCUAAUUUUAUACAAGGUAGCGACGCCUCUUCGUUAUAUGACGACACUUGUUCUUAUUCAAGCAGCAUUUUGGACGUUACGUCGAAUGGGGAAACUUCGUACUGCACGCGAAGUCGAGUAUAAGGUGCGUACAGAAUACGAAAAGAAUAAAAUCAAGUACGGUAGGAAGCUUUACCGAUAUCGCAACAUGGGUGUGCGAGAUGUGCUUAGAAAGAACUCUCGUGAUCAGGCCGACAAAGAAGGCUCCCGCAGAUCAGAUCGAAAGGAUUAA